AUGGUCAUUCUACAGCAGGGCGACUAUGUCUGGUUGGACUUGAAGACUGGUCGGGAGUUCGAGGUGCCGAUCGGCGCAGUGGUCAAACUCUGUGACUCGGGACAGAUCCAGGUCCUGGAUGAUGAAGGGAAUGAGCACUGGAUCUCCCCCCAGAAUGCCACCAACAUUAAGCCAAUGCAUCCCACCUCCAUCCAUGGUGUGGAGGACAUGAUCCGCCUGGGAGACCUCAAUGAAGCUGGCAUCCUCCGCAACCUGCUCAUCAGAUACAGAGAGAAACUCAUAUAUACCUACACCGGCUCCAUCCUGGUGGCUGUCAACCCGUACCAGGUGCUGCCCAUCUACACGGCCAACCAGAUCCGCCUCUACACCAACAAGAAGAUCGGUGAAAUGCCGCCCCACAUCUUCGCCAUCGCUGACAACUGUUACUUCAACAUGCAGAGGAACAACCGUGACCAGUGCUGCAUCAUCAGUGGUGAGUCUGGAGCAGGGAAGACAGAAAGCACCAAACUGAUCCUUCAGUUCCUGGCAGCCAUCAGUGGACAGCACUCCUGGAUAGAACAGCAGGUCCUGGAGGCCAACCCUAUACUGGAAGCCUUUGGCAACGCUAAAACAAUCCGUAAUGACAAUUCGUCUCGUUUUGGGAAAUACAUCGACAUCCAUUUCAACAAGAGAGGAGCGAUAGAAGGAGCCAAGAUCGAACAAUACCUGCUGGAGAAGUCCAGAGUCUGUCGACAGGCCCAUGAUGAGAGGAACUAUCACAUCUUCUACUGCAUGCUGAAGGGCAUGACUCCAGACGAGAAGAAGAAACUGGGCCUGAGCAAGGCCACCGACUACACCUACCUGACCAUCGGUAACUGCACUGUGUGUGAUGGCCGAGACGACAUGAAAGAGUACUCCAACAUCCGCUCUGCCAUGAAGGUUCUGAUGUUCACAGACAAAGAGAACUGGGAGAUCUCAAAGCUGCUGGCUGCUAUAUUACACAUGGGAAACCUCAGAUAUGAAGCUCGCACCUACGACAACCUGGAUGCGUGCGAGGUCGUGCGCAGCCCUCACCUCACCACUGCUGCUACACUGCUGGAGGUGGAUUGUAAAGACCUGAUGAACUGUCUGACCAGCCGGACUCUGAUCACCAGAGGAGAGACCGUGUCCACCCCUCUGAGCAUGGAACAGGCUCUGGACGUACGGGACGCUUUCGUAAAGGGAAUCUACGGCCGUUUGUUUGUGUGGAUCGUGGAGAAGAUUAAUGCGGCCAUUUACAAGCCUGCGUCCUCACAGUCCAAAGCUCUCAGACGCUCCAUUGGACUGUUGGACAUCUUCGGCUUUGAGAACUUCACUGUGAACAGCUUCGAGCAGCUGUGCAUCAACUUCGCCAACGAGAAUCUGCAGCAGUUCUUCGUCCGUCACGUCUUCAAGCUGGAGCAGGAGGAGUACAACCUGGAGAACAUCAACUGGCAGCACAUCGAGUUCACCGACAACCAGGACGCUCUGGACAUGAUCGCCAUCAAACCCAUGAACAUCAUCUCGCUCAUCGACGAGGAGAGCAAGUUCCCCAAGGGCACAGACACCACCAUGCUGAACAAGCUGAACUUUCAGCAUAAAGUCAACACAAACUACAUCCCUCCAAAGAACACCCACGAGACUCAGUUUGGCAUCCAACACUUUGCUGGAGUGGUUUACUACGAAACAAGAGGUUUCUUGGAGAAGAACAGAGACACUUUAUACGGUGACAUCAUCCAGCUGGUUCAUUCCUCCAAGAACAAGUUCAUCAAACAAAUCUUCCAGGCUGAUGUCGCUAUGGGGGCAGAGACCAGGAAGCGCUCGCCCACGCUCAGCAGUCAGUUCAAGAGAUCUCUGGAGCUGCUGAUGAGGACUCUGAGCGUCUGUCAGCCUUUCUUCGUCCGCUGCAUCAAACCCAACGAAUACAAGAAGCCCAUGUUGUUUGACAGAGAGCUGUGUGUGCGUCAGCUGAGGUACUCCGGUAUGAUGGAGACCAUUCGGAUCCGCCGGGCAGGAUACCCCAUCCGCUACACCUUCGUGGAGUUUGUGGACCGCUACAGGGUGCUCAUGCCUGGAGUCAAACCGGCGUACAAACAGGAGGACCUGAGGGGAACCUGUGAGCGGAUCGCUGAGGCCGUGCUCGGCAGAGACGAUGACUGGCAGAUGGGAAAGACAAAGAUCUUCCUGAAGGAUCACCACGACAUGCUGCUGGAGAUCGAGAGAGACAAGGCCAUCACCGACAAGGUCAUCCUGAUCCAGAAGGUGGUUCGAGGAUUCAAGGACAGAUCUAACUUCCUGAAGUUGAGGAAGUCAGCUGUGUUCAUCCAGAAGACGUGGAGAGGAUACCAGUGCCGGAAGAAUUACGGAGCAAUGCGAGCGGGCUUCUCUCGCCUUCAGGCUCUGGUUCGUUCCAGGAAGCUGUGUGCGUCGUAUCACGUGGCCCGUCAGAGGAUAACGGGCUUCCAGGCUCGCUGUCGGGGAUACCUGGUGCGCCGAGCGUUCAGACACCGGCUGUGGGCCGUCAUCACCAUCCAGGCCUACACCAGAGGAAUGAUCGCUCGCCGGCUGUACAAGAGGCUGAAGGGAGAGUACCACAGGCGGCUCGAGGCGGAGAAGAUGCGUCUGGCUGAAGAGGCCAAGCUGAGGAAUCAGAUGUCUGCGAAGAAAGCGAAGGCCGAGGCUGAACGCAAACACCAGGAGCGUCUGGCCCAGCUGGCCAAAGAGGAUGCUGAGCGGGAGAAGAAGGAGAAGGAGGAGGCUCGGAAGAAGAAGGAGAUGGUGGAGCAGAUGGAGAAGGCUCGUUUGGAGCCAGUGAAUGACUCCGACAUGGUGGACAAGAUGUUCGGCUUCCUGGGGACGACGGCGUCUUUACCGGGCCAGGAGGGACAAGCACCCACCGGGUUUGAGGACCUGGAGCGGACCCAUCACGAGCUGGUGGAGGAGGAUCUUGACGAGGCUCUUCCUCUGCCUGAGGACGAUGACGAGGAAGAUUUAUCGGAGUACAAGUUUGCCAAGUUUGCUGCCACGUACUUCCAGGGCACCACCACGCACAGCUACGUCCGACGGCCUCUCAAACAGCCUCUGCUGUUCCACGACGACGAGGGAGACCAGCUGGCGUCUCUGGCGGUGUGGAUCACAGUGCUGAGGUUCAUGGGAGAUCUGCCAGAGCCCAAGUACCACACGGCCAUCAGCGAUGGAAGUGAGAAGAUCCCCGUCAUGACCAAAAUCUACGAGACGCUGGGAAAGAAGACCUACAAGAGAGAGCUGCAGGCCCUGCAGGGGGAGGGAGAGACGCCUCAGUCCGACAGCCACAAGAAGAACAGUGUCCGACACAAACUGGUGUCCCUCACCCUGAAGAAGAAAUCCAAGAUCACAGAGGAGGUCACCAAGCGCCUCAACGAUGGGGAAUACAGUCUCCACGGCAACAGCAUGCUGGAGGACCGGCCGACAUCCAACCUGGAGAAACUUCACUUCAUCAUCGGCAACGGGAUCCUGAGACCAGGUCUGAGGGACGAGAUCUACUGUCAGAUCUGUAAGCAGCUGAGUCAGAACCCGUCUAAGAGUUCUCACGCUCGGGGCUGGAUCCUCAUCUCUCUGUGUGUCGGCUGCUUCGCCCCUUCAGAGAAGUUUGUCAAGUACCUGAGGAACUUCAUCAACAGCGGGCCGCCGGGUUACGCUCCGUACUGUGAAGAGAGACUGAGACGAACAUUUGUCAACGGGACGAGAACACAACCUCCAUCAUGGCUGGAGCUACAGGCCACCAAGUCGAAGAAGCCCAUCAUGCUGCCGGUGACGUUCAUGGAUGGCACGACUAAAACGCUGCUGACGGACUCCGCCACCACGGCCAAGGAGCUCUGCAGCGCCUUGUCCGACAAAAUCAACCUGCGGGAUCGGUUCGGGUUCUCGCUCUACAUCGCACUGUUUGACAAGGUCUCAUCUUUGGGCAGCGGGAACGAUCAUGUGAUGGACGCCGUGUCCCAGUGUGAGCAGUACGCCAAGGAGCAGGGAGCCCAGGAGAGGAACGCCCCCUGGAGGCUGUUUUUCAGGAAGGAGAUCUUCACGCCGUGGCACUGCCCCUCUGACGACCAGGUUGCUACUAACCUCAUCUACCAGCAAACCGUCAGGGGCGUCAAGUUUGGAGAAUACCGCUGUGACAGGGACGACCUGUCAGAACUGGCCUCUCAGCAGUAUUACAUCGACUACGGUUCAGAGAUCCUGCUGGAGCGCCUGCUGAGCCUCAUCCCCUCCUACAUCCCCGACAGAGAGAUCAGCACUGCCAAGUCUGUGGAGAAAUGGGCUCAUUUCAUUAUGGCUGCCCACAAAAAGGGAAUCUACACACAGAAGAGGUUUGACUCUCAGAAGGUGAAGGAGGAGGUGGUGGACUUCGCUCGACACAAGUGGCCUCUGCUCUUCUCUCGUUUCUACGAAGCCUUCAAGUUCUCAGGUCCCAGUCUGCCUAAAAACGACCUGAUCGUCGCCGUCAACUGGACUGGGGUUUAUUUUGUGGACGAGCAGGAGCAGGUCCUCUUAGAACUCUCCUUCCCAGAGAUCUCUGCAGUUUCCAGCAGCAGGGGAGGAAAGUUGCAGAGUCAGAGUUUCACUUUGGCGACCAUCAAAGGAGAGGAGUACACCUUCACCUCCAACAACGCAGAGGACAUCCGGGACCUGGUGGUGACCUUCCUGGAAGGCCUGAGGAAAAGGUCGAAGUUUGUGGUGGCACUUCAGGACAACCCCAAUCCAACUGGUGAGGACUCAACGUUCCUGAGCUUCCUAAAGGGAGACCUGAUCCUGUUGGACCAGGACACGGGCGAGCAGGUUCUCAACUCUGGUUGGGCACACGGCGUCAACGAACGAACCAAUCAGAGAGGAGAUUUCCCAGCUGACUGCGUCUAUGUCCUGCCCACCAUGACCCGACCUCAGCAGGAAGUAGUGGCACUGGUAACCAUGACACCGGACCAGCGUCAGGAGUCGGUUCGUGUUUCGCAGCUCGUCAUGCCAGAGACUGAUGGUAGGAUGAAACCAUACACACUGGAGGAGUUCUCAUACGACUACUUCAGGCCUCCUCCCAAACACACCCUGAGCAGGGUGAUGGUCACGAAGAAUCGUGGGAAGGACAAGAUGUGGAGCUGCACCAGAGAGCCUCUCAAGCUGCCGCUGCUGAAGAAGGUCGUCAACCACGAAGACCUGUCUCAGGACGCCUGCAUGUCCUUCAUAGCUAUGAUGAAGUACAUGGGCGACUACCCGUCCAAGAGGACGCGCUCAGUCAACGAGUUGACAGACCUGAUCUUUGAAGGAGCGCUGAAGGCCGAACCUCUGAAGGACGAGAUCUACUGUCAGAUCAUCAAACAGCUCACCGACAACCACGUCAAGUACAGUGAGGAGAAAGGCUGGGAGCUGCUGUGGUUGUGUACCGGUCUGUAUCCUCCCAGUAACGUACUGUUGCCGCACAUCCAGCGCUUCCUCCAGUCCAAGAGACACCACCCGCUCUCUGGAGACUGCAUGCAGAGGGUGCACAAAGCUCUACGUAACGGAUCCAGGAAGUAUCCUCCUCAUUUGGUUGAAGUGGAGGCCAUCCAGCAUAAAACUACCCAGAUCUUCCACAAAGUCUACUUCCCCGACGACACAGACGAGGCAUUUGAGGUGGAGUCCAGCACAAAAGCAAAGGAAUUCUGUCAGAACAUCUCAACCAGACUGCUGCUCAAAUCUCCUGAAGGCUUCAGCCUCUUCGUCAAGAUCUCAGACAAGGUGAUCAGUGUGCCAGAGGGAGAUUUCUUCUUUGACUUUGUCAGACAUUUGACAGACUGGAUCAAGAAAUCUCGACCAGCUAAAGACGGAAUCCUUCCCUCUCUGACCUAUCAGGUGUUUUUCAUGAAAAAGUUGUGGACCAAUACAGUUCCAGGGAAGGACUCCUUCGCUGACUCCAUCUUUCACUACUACCAGGAGCUGCCUAAAUACUUGCGUGGCUACCACAAGUGUUCACGAGAAGAAGUUUUCCAACUUGCAGCACUCAUCUACCGUGUCAAAUUUGAAGAUGACAAAUCCCACUUUCCUACAAUUCCCAAGAUGCUUCGGGAGCUGGUCCCACAGGAUCUCAUUCGUCAGAUGUCACCAGAUGACUGGAAAAGGUCUGUGGUGGCGUACUUUAACAAGCAUGCUGGUAAAUCAAGGGAAGAGGCCAAACUGUUCUUUCUGAAGAUAAUCUACAAAUGGCAGACCUUUGGCUCCGCCUUCUUUGAGGUCAAGCAAACCACAGAGCCCAACUUCCCAGAGAUCCUGCUGAUCGCCAUCAACAAGAACGGAGUCAGUCUCAUCGACCCGAAGACAAAGGACGUCCUGACCACCUACCCCUUCACCAAGAUCUCCAACUGGAGCAGUGGGAACACGUACUUCCACAUCACGAUCGGCAACCUGGUCAGAGGAAGCAAACUGCUGUGUGAGACCUCACUGGGCUACAAGAUGGACGACCUGCUGACCUCUUACAUCAGCCAGAUGCUGACCACCAUGAACAAGCAGCGCUCCGGGCGGGGCAUCAGCAAGUAAACUUCUUACUGGCAGGAGGCCACUGAGCUCAUCCGACACUUGCGCCCCAUCGGCCAGCCCUGCAGCUGGGGACGGACCUUUGCCAACCAGCUGUGGUGGAUGAGUCGCAGUCCUUCUGCUACCUCGGAGGGGUCGAAGCUCACCGGGGAGAGUUCAGUUGCCAGCAGUGACGACCCCGGCGAAGGCCCCAGCAGCUCAUGUCAUUACAGCUACAACUUGUAUGAGGAUGAGGAUGAGCCGUCCAGUGAAGAUGACUACCUCUGACACGUCCAAACUCUCCGUCCAACAGGUCGGUCUUCCUGGUAUGGUACUGCUCGUACAGAAAAACAAUGUUCGGUUAGUGUUCCUAAGAAUAGUGUAAAUAUAAAUAACUCAUUGUUGGCCUUAUUGUCCCUCCUGGUUUUGCAUCAAUCUUUGACUGAUGAUGAAUGAUUGUAAAAAAAAAAAAAGUUAUUUAUUCUUUACAAAGGGUCUUAGAAAGUCUUUUAAUUUGAUGAACACUGCAUGUAAAACAGAAAUGAUCACACAUUACCAGACUAAUAUUCAGGUGCAAGCACAGUUUAAGUCUUUACAGAAAGAAAACAUGUUUGACCUUCUCUCCAUCACCAGGCUCAGGCUGGAUGUUUUUGUAGGACCUGAAAGUAUCAAAGUUUUUAUCUAUCCAACAUUAUUGUGUUUGUAUUGAGCAUUAGAGCAUCACAGCAGCUUUAGUGAAGCUGUAAAGGUUCUUUAUUACUGCAUCUUGAAAUACUGACAAAGUCAAAUGUUGUUGAGUUGUUCUUUCUUGUUUGGCUUUAGAAAAACACGUAUCUGUUUCUCUGGCCUUGGAACCAAACAGCGAACAGUGAAGUGUUGUUAAAGGACCUGAUCUAAUUUAUUUAAAACUCUAUUAUUGUUGUGUGACACACUACAAACAGACAGAGGUCUGCUGUUUCUGUUUUUUUAAUUCACAGUUUAUGUUUACACCUCUGUUUUUGUUUAAUAUUGUAGAUUAUUGUUUGUGUUUUAGUUUUACAUUUUUCGCCUUAAUUGUGUCUGUAUUUCUAUAUUACUCAGCAUUUAUGUGGAGUGCAGCUGUUGUUCUUACGGGAAUUUUGUGACAUUCCUGUAGUUUGACAAAACUACUACACCUGCAUCUCACAGUCUUCAUCAGAGGAACAGGUUUGCACAUCAACACUACUUAAAGUCAAACUGCUGUCACUCAACAGUCCUGUAGUUUUUUAACUUUUGUUACAGAUGUUACUGUCUCAUACACACAUAAGUUUUCAGAUUCAGACUGAAUCUACGACUCUUUUUUCCGUCUUUGUGUUAAAAGGGAAAUUGACGUUUUUUUUACUACAGUUACUAAAAAUUGCAAAUCAUUACAAAUAAAAUGACUUCACAAGUAAGAUUGGAAUUCUAGUGCAUUAAAAUGAAUAGAGGCAUUAAAUGAGCACAUACCUCUACACCCAGGCUGAGAUGUAAUAUAAAUGACAUUUUUCAUCUAUAUUUUGAUCUGCAUGAAAAAAACAAAAACAUUUGAGAUAAGAAAUUUAAAUGAAAUCAAAAAUGUACCGGUGAUUAGAGAUAUAAAGAAAUCCUUAAAGAAACAUUCCUGGAUCCUGAUUUGGAUCUUGGACCAUUAUGCGAGAAGCUGCUCUGAAUAAAACGUUAGUUUUAGAAAUGUGCACGGAGCUGUGAUGAUUAUCUGACGCCUUGAAAUGGUUAUUUCACUGACGCAUGAUUGUAGUCCUUAUUUAACAUUCUCAUCACUUCAGAGUCUGAGCACUGAAUAAUCACAGUUCAAGAUCAUUCUUAAGACUUUUAUACAUACAGGCCAUGUUCUAAGAUUUAAUUAAAAGUUUCAGAAAAAGGAAGAAGCUCACCUGGGCAUGUCGUUUUUUCCCAGAAUACUUUGUGUAAAAAGAAUAAAAUCAUACACUCACCCAGUGGCCUCACCUCCAAUAAAAAGGUCCAUUUAAAAACAGACGACCAGUUUUCUCCCGUCUUAACUUCUGUCUCAUUAAAUGUCUUUGUAACAAACCCUUCCUCCAUUAACCUGCACUGGUUUUGUCUUGAAAGCAUGGUGAACAAAUGCAUUGGUAUUUUAACAGUGCCAACCAUUCCAUUUGAUACCUUUAAGUUGUUCACGUGGCUUUGUCUAUAACUCAUCAUCUUGACUUCCUGUAGUGAGUUCAUGCUCUGUGUACUGUGUGUUCUCACUUUUGUAUAAAACAUCAAAUAAAUUUGUUUUGACUUGA